AAAAAUAUCUACCCCAACACGCGGUCCCAACACACAAAGAAGAAGGAACCAACGUAACUGCCAGGAAACUAAACCAAAACCUCAAAUUAUCAAAACUCGUUCUCACACACACUCUCACUGUGCAAUGGCCUUUCUCUUCCACCGCCAUCAUCUCUCCACCCUCCACCGCCCUCACACCCUUUUAAUAUCCUCACUCCCCCCACCACCUCCCACUCUUUUCUUUUCACACCCCUCCUCAUUCUUCUUCUUCACACUAAUUCAGAAUCAACAUGAACCCAAAUGAUGCUAACUCUCCUAAGCCGUUGGAGAUUCUGCAGAUGAACCCUGUUCCUCCGUUUUUGUCCAAGACCUUCGACCUCGUCGACGACCCGACUCUCGACCCCAUUAUCUCAUGGGGCUCCACCGGUUUUAGCUUCGUCGUGUGGGACCCUCUCGAGUUCGCGAGAAUCGUCCUUCCUCGGCAUUUCAAGCACAACAACUUCUCCAGUUUCGUUCGUCAGCUCAAUACUUAUGGAUUCCGCAAGAUUGACACGGACAAGUGGGAGUUUUUCAACGAAGCUUUCCAGCGAGGGAAGAAGCACUUGCUGAAGAACAUCCAAAGGCGCAGGUCAUCUCAAUCCCAGCAGGUUGGUAGCUAUAUUGGAAUCGAAUGUUCUACUGAGGCAGGAAGGUCUGAUGUUGAGAUUGAGAUAGAAAGGCUUAGGAAAGAAAGGACUAUGUUGAUGGAAGAGGUUGUUGAUUUGAAACAAGAGCAGCGAAGAAUGGCUCACCGCGCAGGAGAAGUGAAUCAAAGGCUCCAAUCCACAGAACAAAGGCAGAAACAAAUGGUUUCUUUCCUGGUCAAGUUAAUCCAGAACCCCGCCUUUUUAGCCCGCCUUAGGCAUGAGGAGCAAAAAGAAAUAGAUUCUCCAAGAGUGGUAAGGAAGUUUGUCAAGCAGCACCAACAUGAAACUGGAACAGCAGAAACUCUCCAAGAAGGGCAGAUAGUGAGGUACCAACAUGAUUGGAGAAAUAUAGGCAUGUCUUCCGAAACUCCAAAACUAAGUCCAGUUUCCAUUGAACAGUCUCCUCACUACCUUUCACAGGGUUUGGCAGGAGAAGUGAGUGUAGGCGCAGAAGAUCUUACUGCUCAAAUAGAGAAUAUUGUAUCAAAUGACUUGGCUGCAGUGCACGGGAUCACAGUGUCUCAGGAAAUUAUGAUUGGAGAAGGAUUAUCUAGCUUUGGAGCUGAAGACCCCCUUUUCAAAGGGAAAAGUGUCAUGAGUCCAAUUCUAGAAGUUCCUCCAGAGUAUUUUGCUUCCUUCCCAGAGGGUUUGACCAAGGGGAAAGACUUUCAAGAUUUUUCUGCUCUUGGAACUGAAGGCAUGAUAAAGCUAGAAGAUAUAUGGGACUCUGGCCUUAAUGUUAGUGGUGCUGCUUCAGGUAGUGGGAAUGAGCUGUGGAGCAAUCAUGUCAACUAUGAAGAGUUUCCAGAAUUUGGAGUCACAAGUGGUAUGUCUGACUCAGACAUCUGGGAUAUUGGCUUAGGAAGUUUGGGAAUUGAUAAGUGGCCAACUGAUGAACCUUCUCUUGGUGAAACAAAUGGUCAAGCUGGUCAACCAAAAGAAGAUAGGCCUAAGAAUUUUGGUCCAUAGGGUUUCAUUUGCUCCUGCACUUGUUGCCCUUUGGUUACUUGCUAUAUUUAUAGUUCCUAGGAGGCAUAUUAUUGAAUCAUUUGAUUUAUAAAUAGUAUUCAUUCACCUGCUUUUAUUCAUCAUUUACUUUCAAUUUUUUUAUUCUUUUAGAUGAAUUCUUUAACUGUCCAUGUUUUUCUUCGUAAAUUCUAAUUGUGUAAUUAUUGAUAACUUCCACUCAAGUAAAUCAUACUUUUCCUUUCACCUGAUGAA